AUGCUGAUCUCAAUUGUUGUAAUGUACACCGUGUGUUGGACACCUUCGAUAGUUGACGAAUUUUUGACGAGUUUCGGCUAUAUAUGUCGACCGUCAAAUACACCAACACUCAAAUACAUGAGAAUGGGCUUUCAUGCUUUGGCAUAUUGUCAAUCGUGCAUUAAUCCAAUUUGCUAUGCAUUCAUAUCGCAAAAUUUUCGUACCACAUUCAGAUCUGCCUAUUCUAGAAUGCGUUUGAAAGGACAGGUUCGGUUUGUUCGUUAUGGGGUGAAUACAUUGCUUGUAAAAGUUGCUGGACGUGUCUUAUCGCUGCAAAAUCUGAGCAUUGGAGUAGCUUGGAGAGGUUAUAAGUUCUAA